AUAUAUAUAUAUAUAUAUUGUGAGCAUGUGUUCUAUUGGCCUUGCCUAGCCUCACCUACACCCUCAAGGAUUUACCUAUCCCUUUUAUGGGCAAUAGGGGUUAAUGCGCCUUGUAGUACCUCUUUUGCAUGUGGUCUAUCAUCCAAUAUGUUAUCAAUCAAUUUGCAUGUUGAAUUUAAUGUGUGUGCAUGUGAUAAACCCUAAUUCAGUUUUUAAUCAUUGCAUUUGGAUUGAAAAAUAAAUUCUAGUGAAUGUGUGUGGAUGGUGAUAUCCUAGAUUCUUGGAUUUGAGAGAAUUAUGAAACAAACAUAUUUUUCAUAUUUUUGAUGUGGAUUUAAGAUCAAAGCUAGUGUCAUGCAUGAACAUGUGAUGAACAACCAAGAACAUGUGAAGAACGCAUAGAAAAAUUUAAGAACAUUCAAACAUAUUCAAGGAAUUUAAAUAAUUAUUAUCAUACUUUAAUCUUAAAUUCUCAUCAUAGCAACAUAAAAUACAAGUUAAGGAAAGGGAUUAUAUCUUCAUACAAGAUCCACACGGUGGAGGAGGAAACUCUUGGUAAAGGUCCUCAAGGUGGAGUAGAAAAGAAGAGCUAGGAAAGGGAGAGUGAGUCUCACUCAAUACCUUGAGUCUUAGGAAGAUCAAGAUAUGACAAGACUACUUUACUUCACCAGAACUCAAGAGGGAAGAGGGGAGGGUGUUUUUGUGUCUUGGAAUGGAGGAGAUAAGGGUUUAUAUAGUAGUAGUGGAGAAAAUAUGAACGGAAGGAAAUUUAAUGAGGGUUGACAAAUGAUCAAAGAGAAUCAUGAACCUAAACCCUAUUUCAAACUUUGGAGAAAGCUGGUGCUUUAAAUUUGGGGGUUGGUGGGAGUGAUGAGUGUGGUGGGCCUUUUGUGUGUUAGGCUUUGACUUCUUCUGUUGUAUCACGGCCCGUGAUUGUAGGGUAGGAGAGUUGGGGUUGGCCUAAGUGAAACAUGCCUCAGGACAGUCUAUGCACAUGUUGAGUCAUCCCAAUACAGACGCACCUCAGCUGGAGUAUUGAGUAUACAGCGUGCCCAUAGCAGAAACAACUACUACAAGUAUUACAGUAGGAAAUACAACAUGGCAAAAUAACUAUAACAUUUGACAAGUAAUACUAACACUUAAAUAAAGGAAAAAAGAAAAUCCAACGAGGUCAUGGUAGAAUAAUACAACCGCAGGGAACAAUGAUGCAAUAAACAAUUCAAUAAUAAGGUAACAAGUUAAUCAUUCAUCAAUCACAAAAGUAAAACUUUUCUACCAAAGAAAUGAGCAUAUUCUUCUCAACAAAUGCAAGUCCAAAAAGGGAACCAAUCUCCAAUGCGAGAAAUCUCAAAGAAGACUUUUGCCAUAGAGAUUACGCACUUUGGAAAAAGGACCCAGAUGGCUUAAACUUUAACUCUUAAUUUCUCAAAGAGUGGGUCUAUCAAAAGGGUGAGAAAUGGGUAGCCUAUUAAUGCAUGCCUCUAUUCUUAUCACUCAUGCUUUUCUUUGGUUUUGUUGUGUUUUCUUUUCUUUUCUCUCCUCUUCUUCCUUGUUCUACCUCCACUUCUUUCCCUGAUUUUGAUACCUCUUUUUUUUCUUUUUUUCUUUUUUGUUUGGUUCCUGAUGAUCCCUUACUGUUCAUAACUACCACUCUUUAUACUGUCUACCAUGAUGGGAUUUACCAUUUUUGCCCCUCAACUGCGUUUUGCUCCUUAGGGUUGUCCUUCCAAGAAUGCCCACUGGCCUGCCCAACCACUACCAUUGCACUGAAUGUGUCGAUUGCAUCACUCCUCAUUCCCAAAAACAAAAAGGCUUGUCUUGUUUCUUACCUCUCUCUGUUCUCACUACUUUCAUCUGGAUAAGGAUUAAGCCUUUCUCUCACCUACCUCUAUGGCAUGCAUCAAGUGGUCCCAGCUCAUUAUUACUUGUUUUGGGUGAAAUUCCAUUCCAGCAAGACAUUUCUCCCAAAGAAGUUUGAGUAGGAACCCAAAAAUAAACCCCCUCUUUCUCGCCACCACUAGACCACACCCUCUGAUACCCUUGACCCGUGGCUCACCUCCUAUGUAUUGGCUGGAUACAAGUAGGUGGUGCUUAGGCCCUUUGUGUAUGCUCCACUUCCAUCUAAAUCCAUUCCUUUCUAGCCUUCACGUCAUUUCUGUUGCCUCCAUGUUUGUCUGAUUCUGUUAUACGUUCUGAUGGGUGUUUAACUCUUGCAGCGUGAAGGAAAUAUGGGCUUUUGGGCUCAUGUUCCCUACCUUUCACUCCUUCCCUAGAUUAGGUAUUGCUUGGGUGAAGGCCCUCACCUUCCUAGCCCAUGUUCUCUUAUUUCUUGUGUUUAUAGGCAUCUUGGAUGUGGAUCCUGCCAUGCCACUUCAUUGUUCCUACUAUAGCAUUACCACUCCUUUAUUUCUUGUUACCCGUGGGCUUAUGGGUUGAUGCUCUUACCAUGCUGGCCCACUUUCCACAUCUUUACCUCUUUUGGGCUUUAUUGGCCAACAUUCCUACUGUGCCAACCCAUUUCAUUCAUUGGGCUUCCUUGCCCCAUUUACUUCUUCUGUACCUCUUUUACUUCCAUGAGCCUUUUGCUAAAUCCCUUGGGCUUCCUCGGCCCAAUUACCACAUCCUUACCUCUUAUUAUUUUUUCAGGCUUGUUGGCCUUUAAGCCAACCCAAUUAAUUUACUAAUUCAUUUUCUGGGCUUCCCCGGCCCAUUUACUUCCUCUUUACCUCUUAUUAUUCUCAUUGGCUUACUACUUUAUUCCUUGGGUUUCCUCAACUCAUUUACUUCUUCUUUACCUCUUAUUAUCCUUAUGGACCUGUUAGCCAUCAUUCCUGCCAUUCCGGCCUGCUGGGCUUGCUUUACUAUUUUCUCUUCUCACUUUCUUCAUAUUGUUAGGCUUCUUUUGUUAUUAGGCCCUUUGUUAAAAGUGGGCAUCAAUGUUCAACCCCCUGAGCAUUUAAAUUGCUCCUGCAAUUCUUAUGCGAAUACUUACGUAAUAAUUUUUUCGUGACUUUUUUAAAUAGUGGACCCCACCUUAUUUCCUUUCCUCCUAUGGACAGGCUUGUCUCUUUGAAUUUCCCAGUUUAGCAGUUAUUUUGGAACACAGCCUCCGCUUCAUUAAUAUGAUGCUUCCUUUGACCGCUAACCCGUUGCUUCCUUUCACGUCACUUUUAUUGUCCUUAGUCCUUUCGCUUUUCUCUUUCUCAUCAUUCUCUCAUAACUCCUCUUUUCCUUUCCUUCACCUUCUCGUCUUCCCCAAAACCUCAUUACCCAUCUUCUCCGUUCAAACAAUCUGUCAUGUCGCUAACAAAAGGUGAUGGUUCUUCCUGCCGAAUGGGGAAAGAGGUUGCUGCCAACAAUCCGCCUACCAAGACCAUGGGUGACGAGGCUCCCCACUCCAAAUUGGACCACUCUGAAGAGAAGAAGGAGGGGGGUCACGAUCUGGGUAGUGAGUGUCCUCCUCUCAUUGACCCAUGGUACGACAUCUAUAUCCAUUUCCCCAUAGUACCUGGUGAUUAUUUGCCUUUGUCAUUGGGCCACGUGUGGCUUUCCAUUUGCCAUUGUGACACGGAGGUUUCUUAGGUCCCUUUGGUUUCCACCAUUCCUGACCUUGAUAUUCACCAAGGAACUUCACUACUCGUGCCCAUGCUUUUCGAAUUUGGGUCAGGUACUUCUUUGGGUUGGAAAGAAUGGGUGGACAUAGAGUUGUCCGAUGUGGGUUUCGUGGCAGCAUUGCAGCAGGUCGGUGUGUUGAAGGCCAUCGUUUCUUCCCGGGAUUUGUUCAACCUUCACCAUUUAGUCUACCGGUGGUGUAGCAUCACCCAUACCUUCUUCCUUUCUUGCAAUGAGAUCACCAUGACCUUGGAGGAUGUGGCGAACCAACUAUUGCUACCCAUUCUUGGCGAUACGGACCCGAAUGUUAUUAAGCAAUCUACCGAGGCGGAGGCCGUGGAGGCUGAUUUAAGGAAAGGGAUGAAUGGGAACGCAAAGUUGUCUCAUUGGGUUGGGGCUUUCUCCAAGGCUUCCACUAUCAUCAGCUAUGCAACCUUCGUCGUGUUUUGGCUUUGUAAGUUCAUUUUUGGUUCUCAUCCCCAUUAUCCUAUAAAACCCCUUUACUUUUGGUUAGCCAUAAAGAUUUUUGCCGAGGUGAGUCUACCAUUGGCCCCUAUGUUUCUGGGUCAUUUGUAUAUACAACUGAACAUUCUGCAAAGCGAUGAGAGGUAGGCAAGUUCCUGCCAUAUAAUUACUACCUCCGCCCACAGUACCAUAUUGCAGCACCUGCUAUGGGAGUGUUGUGCUAGCAAUUGGCCAAUUGCAAGUCAGUCCAUUUUUCCAAGGAGAAGUACCAGUCUUGUCCAAGAGUGAUUACUAAUUUUUGUGGCUAUUUUGCUUCUGAUUUUUAGUUGGCUUACCGCUGGGUUGGGUUGAAGCCGUUUAGGCAUCCUGCUGUUGAGUUCUUUGCUAAAGGGAUUUAAGCAGUGAGUUCACUUGUACUAAUUCAGCCAUGGGCCCCUAUAUGCUCGCUGUUGGGACCACCACCUCAUUGACUGCUUUUGAUGAGAGGGAAAUUAUGUACUUGGCAGCCACCAAUGCUGGUUGGUUGCCUUAUCUGUGAUGAGGGUAUCCGCUAUGUUCAUUAUUCUACCAACAGAGUAAGGAGGCAAUUUGGGCUUAAUUAGGACAUACCCAAUGACUUUACUGCUAUCUUAAAGUCUGCCACUUUUGUCCAGUCUUUCUUAUGCCCUAGUACCUUUAAGUUUUAGAGCAGGCGCUUCACAAUCACUAUUCCGAGUUCCCAGAGAAAAGGCCUUUGCACUACUCUAAUGCACGAGUAUUGGCAGGCCGUGAUGAUUUCUUUUGGCCAGGAAUUGUUUGGUGGCUGUGGGUUUAGUCUCAUCCCUCUUGAGGGCCUUCUUGCCAUUAUUUCUGCCAACCCACGAUUGUUGCUUCUCACCAAGUCCAUGGUAGUGUAUGUUAGGAAGCAGAGUAGGUCUGCUAUAUUUGAGUUGCAGGAGAAGGAGAAGGGAUGGUGUUUAUAUGCUGGUGAGUUUCCUCUGGGUUGGGAGAAGAAGAUAAAGGUGGUGAACCUUCCUAUACCUUUGAAGAAGGGCUUGGUGUCUCAGACCGCCAAGCCUAAGUCUGCCAAGAGAGAUGAUGACUCUUUCAAGACUUGUUCUGAUCUUGUUUCAUAUGAGGGAAGCCUUCCCCCUAUAGGCAACAUAGUUCUCAAGAGCUCUCCUCCUCCUUCUUUUCGUACCUAUUCCAGUAGGCGUUCGACUGUAAGCAAGCCUAAGCCUUCUACUCCAAGGCCAUCCGUGGAUGCUCCUCCUUCUAGUAGGACUCGUGGCAGUAAAAGGAAGACAUCUCCACCAGCCCCAUCUGACACUGCCGUGAGGAGAUCUAAGCACAAGGAGGACAUUUCAGCCACUCGCCCUAUACUACUUGAUGAGCCCAAGUUUGAGGUUGAUCCCGAACCCCUCUCUGUUUAUCACCCCACGAGUGAGGAGGCUCCUACGACUGUUAGUGCAUCUAUGGAGGGCUUCUUUAACAGGGCAAAUGUCGUGGCUAAGGCUAUGGCUUCUGCUUCUGCUACUACUGCACAAGAAGCUCCUACCAAGGCUCUAGUCCCUCCAUCUGAGCCUGUUCCUGCCGAGGAGAGUACCCACACCAGGAAAGUUUUUAGUGGUGAGUCUGCUCCUAUUCUUGCUGAAUUCCCUACUCCUCAAAAGGAAAUUACUUCUACAGGCACAUCCCAGACCGAGAGUACCUCUUCAGCUACUCCCCUAGUCGUAUUUGCUAGUGACCCCUUAAUUGCCCUUUCCCAGGCCGUGAAAGAUGGUUCUUCCUUGGUGGUCACUCCAUCUUCAAUCCCUAGUUUGCCACCCAAGGACCUAAUGCGAACUUGUCUUCAGAUGGGGAGUCAAAGGAGGUCCUUGAGGACUCCGAGGAUGAACCCGUCAUGAAGACAUUAGUUUCUGAUUUCGACGAGGAUGGUGAUGGUGAUGCGCAGGAGACCGAGGCUAUGGGUAUGUGUCCUUCAUUCUUAUUAUGACCCUUCAUCCACUUCACAUGCUAUUUCUCAAUAUGUCCCUUCAUCCACUUCACAUGCUAUCUUUGCCUUCCAAUCACGGAUAUACCCGAGGAUCCUAAGACUACAAUAGACCCCACGAUGCCUGCAGCCCCUGUUUUUGCAAUACCCGUGGCCCCUACUCCUGUGGGUCCUAGUAAUUUCCUCACCCUCAUACUUUUUUCAAUUAAAGCCUUCAUCGUUGCAUUAAAGACUUAUGUUGUACCUUAUGUUCCUUUUCAGGUCCGUCUCCUGCUGAGGUGGCUCUGACCUCUCGGUUUAAGGUUGGUAGUAAUUCUGCCACCAUUCCUGACUCUGUGAGUGAGGCCACUGCCUUCUUUACUUUAUUUGACUAGACCAAGACCAAUGACCUUGAUCCUACAGAAUUCUAGGGUGCCGGAGCUCCCUUUGUUGAAUUUCAUGGCUUCUAAGUCCCUGACGAGUGUGUCACCCAUUUGGAGGUAAUCUAUAACAGCCGCAAAGAUUUUAUGCAGGGAUUCCUCUUCAGUCGUUCUACGAGGGAACACUUCCUCAAGUUGUUGGGGAGCGUGAUGAAUGACAUUGAGCAUAACUUCAUCGACACCGUGUUUGCGAGGAGGAUUUUGCAAUGAAGGGUUAUGGUUCAGGAGUUGAUUAGAGUUGGAUUUGCUGUAGAGUUUCUGCUGGACCACCUGCAAGAGAUUGCUCAAGCGCUCUUCACAAAGAAGGUCUAGCUUGUUAUGGACGCUAUAGAUGCUCGCAUCAAGAGUUUGAAUAAGGAAGUGGCAGAUUGAGAGGCACGUCGCGAGCGUCUUCUUUCUGGCAUUACUGGCUCUAGCCACUUCAAGGACCAAACUCUUAUUUCAGGCCUUUGAUUGGACUUUUAUCUAUUAUGUAGCUUUAUUUCCUUCCCCCAUGUUUACUUCUUUCCCUCCUUUCUCUACAUAGUACACUUUAUUUCUCUAGCACUUAUUUUGAUAAGUCUAAUAUGACUUAUAUAUUUUGGGCUUGUAGUCUAUUAUGCUACAUCUGUUACAACUACUAUUAUGCUUUAUGAUACAAUAUAUUUUGCUAAUGCUUCAUGAUCUUCAUUACUUUCCACUUUUGCUUUUAAUCAUGAAUUACAAGUGUGCUACAAUGCUUUCUUGUGACAUAUCCCUUACGAGGGUGGUCACUUAGAGGAAAGAAAAACAGGAAAGAAAAGGAAUGAUUGCACAAUAUCUCCUACGCAUAAUAAUGUUUCAACCACUUGCCAUUAUUGGGGUCCAUUAAUUCUUUUUCAUCCAUCUGGGUGAAACGAUAAUACCCACUUGUGUUGGGACAUAUGUAAAUCACGUUAGAAACAUAUGUCAUCUAGAAUUGGCUAAUCCUUUGACAAAAUGCACUUUACUCGUAAUUGGGUAGAUCUAGGAUGUGUUUAAUACUUCAAGGAAUAAGAGUUCAAGUCCAAGUGUUUAAACCAUACAAAUUUGUCCAAGAAACAAGUGAAGAAGUGCUGGAUUUUAAAAUUCGAUAGCUAGCUCAACAGAUCGCAUCUAUCAAGGUUUAAAAGGGAUCUUCAGCCCAAUCCUCGACAGCUACCCGAUAGAUAACCUAUCUAUCGAGAUUUACGAAAAUCAGUUUUUCAGAUCUGAUUUCACACAUAUCUGUGUAUAAUUGUUUAGGCUUUCUUUUCUUACAACCCUAAACAUAUAUAAGGAUUAUUUUAAGGGCCGUCACAGCUGAUGCAACUUAAUGCAAAAGUUUUUCACAAGCAUAUUGUGACAGGAGACAUAUGCCCUAAUUCAUCUCUUUCUUGAAGAAGCUGCUGCAUUUGUACGCCAUAGGGUUUUGUAACCAAGAAGCUUCAUGAUCUUCAUCGUGUUGAUGAACUGAAGAACUUUACAACCAACAUCCUUCUCAAGUUAGUGUGUUAGUCAUGUACUGGGAUCCGUGCAUCGAUUGGUUAGUCACGUACUGAGAGCCGUGCAUUGAAAAUAUGAGAUUGUCACUGCAGAACAAGUCCAAUUGGGUAUUGGGGUAAGGGUUCAGCUGUAGGUUGGCAUAAGAUAUUGAGAUUCCUUUACUUGUAACCACUUGUUGUGAUAAUAGUGGAUUCUCAGGAGUGGUAACCUUAAAAUCACCUGGUAGGGUCUUUGCCUCGGAGGUUUUCCCCAUUUGUAAAUAAAUCACUGUGUCAACUUUAUUUUUCAUUGCAUAUUAACUUAGUUAGUGAUUUGUUUGUGCUACCACGUGUAUUGCAUGUUAAUCGGAUUAAUUAAUUAACUUGGCUAAUUAAUUGGUUAUUUCAUCACAAGGUGUCAAUACAUUCUUGGCCUAUCAAGUGGUAUUAGAGCAGACACACUCUGAUUAGGGUUAAUCUUUGCUGUGUGAUCCAUUGACCCUGUUUCAUGGCUACAACCAACAUGAAAAGAUCUUUGUUUUCAAAUACAUCUUGUUUUUCUAAUCUCUACUUGAUUAAGUGUAUCAGAAAAUGCAAGUCUAAAAAUUAUUUGAAAUCCAUCAUGAUGAUUAUUGGAAAAGAUCUUAACAUGACAAAGAAGAAACUAGACUGUCUCAAAAUGAAAAUGUGCGGAGGAGUUCGUCUAAGUAGAGUGAAAGAUAAAAGCUUUGUUCAUAAAUUGCAGAUGAGAGAAAGAACAAUUCCUACUGAUUUUUCAUCUAAGCAUGAGGUGUGCUUCAUGAUGAAGUCUGCAUUUAAGGUUAUGGACACAUGUUUGUAGUACCUUGAUAGCAGCUACUUAAGACACAUAACUGGAGACGGAUCUCUCUUUAAGGUUUUCGAGUCUAAGAAAGGUGCUAAUGUCGCUUUCGGUGAUGGGAGCAAAUCACAGAUUAAAGGAAAGAGAACCAUCUCUCUACUUGGACUGCCAGACAUUUCAAAUGUGCUAUAUGUAGAAGGUCUGAGAGUGAACCUAUUGAGCAUAAGUUAGAUAUGUGAUCAAGACUUUAUGGUGCUGUUAUCAAAAGGGAAAUUCCUUGUGCUAAAUGAGUCUGGAAAGAAACUCAUAAGUGGUGUUCGCACUCUAGAAAAUUGUUAUGGUUUUAGUCCUUAAUGCUGAUAUUGUAUGCAAUAGCAUUCUUUUGCCAAACGAAGAUCUAUAGCACCAAAGGAUAGGACAUGCUAGUUACAAACAUCUUUCAAUUGUAUCUAAGUAUGAAUCAAUUUUAGGGAUACCAAAACUCAGUAGAGUGAACAAUGUGGAGUGUGGACCAUGUCAGCUUGGAAAACAGACGAAAACUAAACAUCCGGGCACUCAGACAUCUGCUACAUCUAAACCAUUGGAGCUACUACAUUUGGAUCACAUGGGUCCACCCAAAACCGAGUCUCUUGGGGGAAAGAGAUACAUCAUAUUUGUGGUAGAUGACUUCACUAGGUAUACUUGGGUCAUUCUUCUAAGAUCCAAGUCAGAUGCUCCUGAGCACAUUAGAGCCUAGUGCACAAGAUUGCAAAAUGAGAAAAGCUUAAAGAUUGAUAGAAUUCGAAGUGACCAUGAUAAAUAAUUCGAGAACUCUUACAUGGAGUCCUUUUGCACUAGAUCAAGUAUAUCUCAAGAAUUCUCUGCUCAUAUUACUUCUCAGCAGAAUGGUGCAGUAGAAAGAAAGAAUAGGGUUAUUCAAGAGAUGGCUAGAGCCAUGUUGCACAACAAGGACGUGGCUAGAAACUUGUGGGGAGAAGCCAUCAACACUACAUGCCAUAUGGUUAAUAGGGUGUAUUUCAGACCCGGUACCAAGAAGACUCCCUAUGAGUUAUGGAAGAGAAGGAAGCCAAAUGCUAAGUAUUUCAAAAUAUUUGGAAGUACUUGUUUCAUUCUCAAGGAUAGAGAGAAUGUCGGAAAAUUUGACUCCUAAAGUGAUGAAGGAAUAUUUCUGGGAUACUCCUCUACAAGCAAGGCUUAUCAAGUAUACAACAAGAGGACCGAGAAGGUGAUGAAAACUGUAAAUAUUGUGAUUGAUGAAGCUUCAGAGUCCAGUUCUAAGAAAAUUAGUGAGGAAAUCCCCAAAGAAAUUCUUCCUCCCAAGCCCAAGGAUGUUCAAGAAAUUGUUGAUCAAGAGCCCGCAUCUCCAAGUACUCCCGGCACUCCAAGUGUUGUAGAAGGUUCAACAAACUAUCUACCUCACUUGACUCUGAAUACCAUGAAGAGAAAAGACCUUCCUCCAGGAUUAAGUUGAAUCAUCCUCCUGAAGUUAUUGUGGGAAACACGAAUGAACUUACACUAAGGAAGCGUACAGUUGAUAAAUGUGUUGCUAACUUUGUGUCAUAUUCUUGUUAUUUGUUAUAGGUUGAACCCACCAAGAUUGAGGAAGCCCUUCAGGAUGAAAGCUGGGUUGAGGCUAUGCAUGAUGAACUACUUCAGUUUCAAAGGAAUGAUGUCUAGACUCUAGUACCAAAACCAGAAGGUGACCACAUCAUUGGCACAAAGUGGAUCUUCCGUAACAAGACUGAUGAGAAUGGUAAUGUAAUCUGCAACAACGCUCAU